AUGUGAAUUUAAUUAAAUCCUUUCCUUGAGGAUUAUUUAUUAGACUAAUUUCCAACACAUCUGAUGAAUUAAAUAAUUGAUACAAGUCCAAUCCAAUAAAGAAUAAAUUGUGGUCUACACAAUUUAAAUAAAAUUCUAAUUUAGGCCUUGAGCCCAAACUAAUACCUACUCAAAUGAUAUCCCCUGGCCCAAUCUCAGUUCCUAUUGAGCCCAACAAAUUAAAUCCUACUAAAUUAUUCCAAGAAACUAGAAGAUUCCAGCGCAGUAAUUCUCCUCUCAAUCUGCCGUAUUUCUUCUUCCAAUGAGCAACUAAUUCAGAUUUUGUCAAAGGCAGCAAUUAGAGUCCAAAUUGAUUGUGAAAUCAACUAACGCAUUUUUUUUCCUUCCCUUCUUCAAUCUGCUCCAAAAUUAGAUCAUCCAUCGACCUUAAAUUCCUUUUAUUUUGAGAAUCAAUUACCUGUUUUACGUUUCCUCUCCCACGCUCAUAACCGCUCCUCCUUCUUGCAAAUCUUUCCUAAAUUUUGACCACAAUCAAAGUGAAAUCAAUCACCAAAAAUGACUCUCAAUACACAGCUAUAUAAAUCCUCCUACCCUAAUCUCUUUCCCUCACACAAAUUCACAGCCACUCACAAAAAAAAACGGCUGAGGGAGCAGUAAAAAGGGAAAAGCCAGAAGCUUCAAUCUUCUUCUGUUUCAAGCCAAUUGUUCUUUUGAAGGGUGGAAACGGGGUUCAGACGAAGUUGAAGCCGCCCGAGCGGCGACGCAGCGACGCUGAGCGACGACUGGGAGAGACGGUGGACUCCGGGUGUUCUAAAUUCGUGAUGUUGGUGAAUCCUCGCAAGCGACACGUGAUACCAAGGGGAAGAAAAUACUUGUGAUUUAAUCAGUCGAGGUUGAGCGGCGACGAGCAGUUGGCGGUGUUGAGCAAAUUAAAUGAAGAAUUAAACAUUUAGAUAUUUUUUGACUAUGAGUGUCGUUGUGUCUUCACACAUGAUGUCACUUUUCUCUUGGAUGCUUCCGCUGAAACUCGUUUUACUUAUUGUUGAAUUCUCGAAACUAAUUUGAUUUCUUUAAAAUCUAAAGACAUGAUAUGUUUUUGGAAUACGUUGAACCCCCGUUAUUUUGAAAUAGAUUUUGAUAAUUGUAUCCUCUAUUUAGUCUAUCUGUCAAAGCGUCACUCUGCCAUUUUCUUUUGAUUAUUUGUCAUUAAAUACUUUAGUCAAACCCCUUUUAUAAAACCCUAGUCUCUUUUUCUUUGAUUGUAUUUAAGUCCGUUUAAGUCGCGAUCGCCGCAUUUAUUAUACCCUAGAAGGGCGGUCGUGACACUGGACUUAGGGGAAACUUAGAAGUUAAUCUAGUGACAGAGGUAAUAUGACAAUAGCUAGAAGUAUAACUCCUAUAUCAUGAAGUAAUAAUUAAUUAUAAUGAAGUAAUCGUCUGUCUGAAUGAACUAUCUGUUUAUAUAAUACUACUGGCAGGAAAAUAAUAUACCAAUGGCAGACGUUACUCGAUCAGCAAACUUCAGUGUUGAUGUUGUACUUAGGGGAAACUUAGAAGUUAAUUUAGUUGCAGAGGAUUUUAAUACGCCGUGUGUAGUUCAACAUGGAACAAAUGUGAGAUGGCAUACAGAUAAUGGGCCAAAGGAUGAUGGAGUAAAGAAUACUAAUGUGGUUGCUGAAAUACAGUCAGUCAUUGAUGCUUACAAGGAAAUAGACAUGGAUGAUGAUGAUUUCAUGGAUAGUGGUCCAGUUGGUAAGCCGGUAGGGACUGAGGUCGUUGUUUACAAUGCUAACAAGAUCAAAACUUUGAAGGGUCGAAUGGAGGUACGUACUAGAACAGAGAAAACUGUUUCUCAUGCAUUGCGAUCUCCAUUCGCUGACAGACCGGUUAAGAUUACAAACAAGCUCAGUAAAGAUGAGAAGGAAUCAUAUUACUGGAUUCUUGUAACACAUGAAAGAGACGGAUUAGUACUUGUUUAUGACGACGAUGUUGUGAAAGUUACAAAGAUGGAAAUGUGUUCUUUGAUACCUCGGCAAUUGAUUGUGGUUGGCGUUAUAGAUGCACGGGCUUCCUACCUCAACAACAUGGAGGAAUUUCGAUCAUCGUACUCAGCAAGACGGCUAUUUUUCACCACGUACCCAUGUUUGUACACCAUUGUGACAAAGCCUCAAUCCAUGGAUGUCAACACAAUUAUUGCAAACUUCUGUAACAACUUGAACAGAGAGUUGAAGGAAAUACCAUAUUUCAAAUGGGAAGAUGUAAACACGGUGUUGUUCCCCAUAUGUGCAAAUCAGCAUUAUUAUGCUGUUUGUUUUUGCUUCAAGAGAAAUGCUAUUGCUGUAAUAGACAAUUCUGCAAACGGGGAUGACAAUGACCUAACAAUAAAUUAUGGUCACAUUCCAGAAACAUUGAGAUCAUACUUUUGUCACUUCCUCAUCAAGAAUGGUCUCCACGCAUAUUGUAAGAUAGUGUCCAACUCCAAAAUGCAGAGAUUGAAAAUGCCAUGGAGGACAGUUGAUAACGUUGAAGAUUGUGGAGUAUUUCUAAUGCGGCAUAUGGAAACGUACAAGGGUGAGCGAGAAGGUUGCUGGAAUUGUGGCUUGAAGAAAUAUUGUUCGGCGCUGAUGUUAGCCGAAAAUAGCCAUGAAAGCUUCAACAACAAAAUUGUUACAGCAACGUAUUACGAAGAGGAAAGCAAACACAUUGAAAUUGAUGUUGAGAAAAUGAUUGCGCCAUAUUUAAAGAAGAAAUGAUCAUUUUAGCAGAUCAAAUUUUGUAUUCGACAUACAUCUGUUAUGAGCAUUGAAUAAAGUACCACGCGUUUUAAUGUUGUUCA